ACCUAACCUUAACCUUUGAAAACAUAAUUAUUUACAAGGGUAUUUCCAACAUAGUUAUUUUCAAUUAUGAAUAGAUUCAAUCAAUAAAUGUGUUUCGUUUCCCAUGGAAAAGGAAGUAAAAUUUGUUCCCGGGAUAUUUAUAAUCAGAAAUAAAAGGUGUGAAUAAAGGAAAGAAACAAAAUGGUUUGGAGGAAAAUACAUUUUACUGCUAUAUUAAGUAUAUCUGUAAUACUUCAUUUUACCUCAGCACAACUUUCUACGAAUGAAGCAUUACUUAACAUGACAGAAUGUAAUUUAAAGUCUGACAUCCAGUUAGACUGUGGACCGGGCUCAAAGAUUGCUAUAAAUUCAUUACAUUACGCCUAUAAUGUUAACUGUGAGACAGCAUGUUGUACAUACGACACGUCGCACUGCUUUGUUGAAGCAGGGAUAACCGACAUUCAAGAGGUUACUCGUCUUUGUUCUGGAAAAUCAGAAUGCCAAGUCCCUAUAUCUACAGAAACAACAGACUUCACAACUUGUUUCCUGGGCGUUAAUCCUAUUUCAUAUGUUUAUUUUGAGUAUUACUGUAUACCAAGUGCACGAAUAAUGUCAGUAUGUUCUAAUGGACAUCUGGAGGAGUCAGACGGCAAGCCCCUGUACCUAACCAGCGAGAAUUAUCCUGCUGUAACAACUGGAAGCACGUCCUGUUCAUGUUCCCUUGAAGUGUUCUCCUGUACAUCAGAAAUAAAUAUGUAUACAAUUGAUGCAGACUUAUAUUUAGAUACGAAUAAUUGUGAGCAGAAUCUGAAUUUUCUCGACACAGACAAUAAUACCUUAUCAACGAUUGGUUGUGAUGAACAUUACAAAAACAACAUAGAAAGUAGCUUGUUAAAUACUCACUACGUAAAGAUUGAUUUCAUCAACAACAGUACAUCAAACCAACAAGGCUUAUUUUUCGUCGGACUUGAUGCUUCAGUUACGGGUGAGCGCUAUAAGCUGACUUGCAGUUCCCAACCGGAAACAUGGUGUGCAGGUAUGUUAAAUUGGUACUUCGUUUCGUAUUUAAGAACCAAAAUUGGCUUUAUCGACAAUGGAAACAUUACACUAAGCAAUGAGAACGAUGUUUCUUAUGAAGCAACAGCCGAGGUCACUUGUGAUUCAGGUUAUAAAACAGAUACACCAAAUAUAAGGUGUCAAGCUAAUGGAUCAUGGCCGAUUGCAAAGUGUACAGAAAAACCUCCAUGUUCAACUAAUGAGUGGAGAUGUGUCAAUGGAGAUUGUAUAUCCGAUAGCUUAAAAUGUGACAAUCUUCCCGACUGCGAUGACGAAUCUGACGAACAGAGUUGUUCAGAUCAAACAUGUCUGGAAGGUCUGGAGGUCUGUUACCAUUCUAAUGGAAGCCAUGUGUGUGUCGACAAAGGAACUGAGUGUGGUUGUGGUACUGUACCAUCAAUUGAAAAUGGAAUUGUUUCACUUGAUGGGAAUUCAUCAUUUGGGUCUGUAGCUGAUGUGACGUGCAAUGAAGGAUAUGCUCCGAGUAGUGCAAACAUUAUUUGUUUAAUGACUGGUUCAUGGGAGACGGUCUCUUGUUCAGCUAAAGGAACAACACCAGCACAUCGUCCAACGAAGAAAAAGGACCCUGGAGUUGAUAUAAGCAUCAUCAUAGUCGUAGUAGUUCUGUGUAUAAUAUUUCUACUCCAGCUUCUACUUAUGUGUUAUCUACAAUGUAAAAUACAUAAUAUAAGAAGAUCUGCAACUCCCGAUAAGUCUGAGGUCAGUAAGCGGAUAUUGAUGACUAUAUUAGGAAGUAUUCCAGUGCUCGGACUUAUACCAAUCUAUAUGGCAUGGGCGGUUUUUUACAGAGAUGUUUACAAAGUCAAACAGAAUAAGCAAACGGAAGAAGGGAGUCAGAAGGACAGUAAAGGUGCUUCUAAUCCUACGUAUGAUAACAUGCCUAUGAAUAACAACACAGGUGAUCAUGGCGCACAUACUGAAGUUAGUGGAAUCGAGCUAGAAUACAAGACACCUGAAAAAAACAUACAUGUAGAACAUGGUGCACUGAAGAAAGGACACAAUAAUAAUGACGCUGGAAAAAUUCAUUCUGAAUCUACACAAACUAUUAACUCCGAAACAAUGCAUGAUGGACAUCAGCACGGGGAACAUGGAGUAACCAUGAAUCGCGGAAUAUCGGCCUUAUUUACUAAUGAUGAUAUGGCUCUGGGACCAGAAAGAAAUAGACAGCUUUCCCCUAUACCGCAACAUCCAUAGGAACAUAACCAUGACGACCAUUAUCAUCAUCAUCACCCUCCAUCUAUCAUUACCUGAAUAACACAUCGUGCUGACUGGAGUAGAGAUCAUCGUCUGUACAGCUGCAUUUACUGAGACUAUGUGCACGGUUUUCACGAUUUUUUCAUCUCCACAAAUGGUACGGUACCUCCGCUAUCUGUACGGAAUACACUACUCGGGCCAUAUUGACUGGAGGCUUGUAAAGUGAUUUCAGUAAGGGCACCUAGACCAUAUGUUCCUUUAGAUGUACGAUGAGCCCAUGGGAUUAGAAACAGUAUAACGGACCCCAGCACGAUUGGUAUUCCAGCACAAUGAAACGCUAUGUUGUACGAACCUGUUAAAUCGUAUAGAGCCCCUGCAAAAAUAAAAACCGUUGCUUCAAACAUAGCAACUGUGCUUAUCAUUUGUUGGCAGUAUAUGAAUUGGAGAACAAUAUGAAAUAAAUAAAAAAAGAUACUUGUGCAACAAACAAAUGAACUACAUUUGUAGUAUAUUAUACUUUUUGUUUUUUGUUUAUGUAAAAGUUAAAAUUCAUAAAACAGUACAUAAACAUAUGCUUGCGUGUCGGUAAAUUUCAUUUCAUUUCAUAAGUUGCAAGAAAACAUAUAUUAUAUAUGACUGUUUAUAUUCUGUGAUAUCAUACUGCUUGUAUUUUGAUAUAUUGAAAUAAAUGAUAUGAAUUGACA